UUUAUGGUUUUUGGUGCAAUUGUAAAUGGGAUCAAUUCUUCAAUUUCUCUUUCUGCUGCUUCAUUGUUGGUAUAUAGAAAUGCAACAGAUUUUUGUACAUUAAUUUUAUAUCCUGUGACUUUGCUAAAUUCAUGUAUCAGUUCUAGCAGUUUUCUGGUGAAGUCUUUCAGAUUUCCCAUGUAUAGUAUCAUGUUGUCUGUGAAGGGUGAAAGCUUGACUUCCUCCUUGCCUAUUUGGAUGAUUUUUAUUUCUUUUUGUUGUGUUAUUGCUUAGGGUAGGACUUCCAACACUACAUUGAACAACAGUGGUAGAAGUGGACAUCCCAGUCAUGCUCCUGACCUUAGUGUUUUCCCCACUGAGGAUGAUAUUUGCUGUGGGUCUUUUGUAUAUGGCCUUUAUGAUCUUGAGAUAUGUUCCUACUAUUCCUACUUUCUUGAUGGUUUUUAUAAAAAAGGAUGCUAUAUUUUAUCAAAUGCUUUUUCUGCAUCUAUGGAGAAGUCCAUGUGGUUCUUACGCUCUUUUAUUCAUGUGAUGUGUCACAUUGAUUGAUUUGUGGAUAGUGAACCAUUCCUGUGCACACCUUGCACUUCUGGUCUGACACCGUGCCAUCGGGCACCUCGUCCUCGUGACUGGGCUUUUUCUCCUACUGGUUCUCCUCCCUGGCCCUGUUCUGCUUGGACACAGCUGCGGCUCCUUCAGCUUGUGCAUGAUGAAGAGGUGCUUGGACAGCGACGGGUGCGAUGUGUAGCCGGCACUGGUAGGAGGAGUCAUCUGACUUGUGCUGAGGGUGAAUACUUGUUCAUGCCUCCCAGCCUUGACCUGGCUGAUAGAGAUCAGAUGGUGACUGAAUAGAAGCUGCCCCAGUCCUGGGUCCAUGAUGUACGCACCAGUUGAGUUUUCAGAAGUUGAUUACCCACAAGUUGAAUAUCAAAGAAGACAACAAUUUUGGGAUCCUAUACGUCUAGCUCUUUUCACAUUGGCAAUUGUAGCAAUCAUAGGAAUUGCAAUUGGUAUCGUUACUCAUUUUGUUGUUGAGGAUGAUAAGUCAUUCUAUUACCUUGCCUCUUUUAAAGUAACAAAUAUAAAAUACAAAGAAAAUUAUGGAAUGAAAAGCUCAAGAGAGUUUAUAGAAAGGAGUCAUCAGAUUGAGAGAAUGAUGUCUAGGAUAUUUCGACGUUCUUCUGGAGGAGGUCGGUUUAUCAAAUCUCACGUUAUCAGACUGAGUCCAGAUGAACAAGGUAUGAACAUCCUUAUGGUGCUUAUGUUUCGAUACCCAUCUACUGAUAGUGCUGAGCAAAUCAAGAAAAAAAUUGAGAGGAUUUUAUAUCAAAGUCUGAAGACAAAACAGUUGCCUCUGACUAUAAACAAAUCAUCAUUCACACUCACAUCCAUCGACAGCAAAAAGAUGAGGAAUCUUCUCAACAGCCGCUGUGGAAUAAGGAUGACAUCUUCAAACAUGCCUUUACCAGCAUCCUCCUCUACUGAGAGGAUUGUCCAAGGGAGGGAAACAGCCAUGGAAGGCGAGUGGCCAUGGCAGGCCAGCCUCCAGCUCAUAGGUUCCGGCCAUCAGUGCGGAGCCACCCUCAUCAGUAACACGUGGCUGCUCACAGCAGCUCACUGCUUCCGCAAAAAUAAAGACCCAAGUCAAUGGAUUGCUACUUUUGGUACAACUAUUACACCACCUGCAGUGCAACGAAGCCUGGGGAAAAUUAUCCUUCAUGAAAAUUACCAUAGGGAAACAAAUGAAAAUGACAUUGCCUUGGCUCAGCUUACCAACCGAAUUGAGUUUUCAAAUAUAGUCCAGAGAGUUUGCCUCCCAGAUUCAUCUAUAAAGUUGCCACCUAAAACAAGUGUAUUUGUCACAGGUUUUGGAUCCAUUGUAGAUGAUGGACCCACGCAAAACAAACUUCGGCAAGCCAGGGUGGAAACCAUAAGCACGGAUGUGUGUAACAGGAAGGAUGUGUAUGAUGGCCUGAUAACUUCAGGAAUGCUAUGUGCUGGAUUCAUGGAAGGAAAAGUAGAUGCAUGUAAGGGCGAUUCUGGUGGUCCUCUGGUUUAUGAUAAUCAUGACAUCUGGUACUUAGUUGGUAUAGUAAGUUGGGGACAAUCAUGUGCUCUUCCCAAGAAACCUGGGGUCUACACAAGAGUGACUCAGUAUCGAGGAUGGAUUGCCUCAAAGACUGGUAUCUAGUGUGAAUUGUCUAUGAAUUAUAUGCAUGGCAUAUGAAGCUGAAAUUCCUGCAUAUUGUAUAUUAUUUAUAUUCAUGCGGUUUGGAUCAGUGCUUUUUCUGGAUGUCAAGAAAUCCUCUGGCUCAGACCUAUGUAAUAUCAUGAAGUGGUCUUUGCACACAAGUGACCGAACUCUUUCUCUACCCUGUGGGAGGAAGACAGAGAAAAUGGCAAUAGCACCAACUCCUCACAAGGGAAACUGUGGUACUUAUAAUAAGAGGACUAUUUAUAAUGGUUUCCCCCAGUGGAAGACAAGGAACACCAUUUUUCACAGGAUAUGAUGAGCUGCCAGGGCUGCCAAAAACUUACUCAGAGUAUAUCCUGGAGCACCUGUGACUCUUGUAUCAAACAGCUGUCUUCCCUGAGAAUUCAGAGCUUCAACAUUCAAAGACUGAUGGCUGGACGUUCACUGGCUAGAAUGGAGAAGCAUGGAAUUACAAUAUAACUUGAACUCUAACCUGUGUUUCUAAAUAAUAAUACAAAGCAUUAUCAUUAAUAAGACUUGUGAUUUAGAAGAUGUUUGGGUGUACCUGAACUUGCUGUUAACACUUACAUACACAAAGACUAGCUUCAGGAUAAAAGCUGUAUUGUGAAGGAGUGUUUCUGAUUUAUUCUUUAACAGCAUCUUGCCAUCCAUAUAUCAAUUGAAGUCAGGCCAGAAAGAAGAAAAAGAAGAAUCUUGGGAGCAUUUUUCCAUGUGUACGAGGAGGAUAAAAAGAACUGAUGGGACAUAGGCUAGUUGAGUUGCUUUCAAAUGAUUAAGGGCAAGAAAAACACACCUUAGAUUUUUGGUGGAAUGAGCUAUCCAAUUAUUUAUUUAGACAUAUGUACAGCAGCAUACAGUAACUGGUGCUUUUGUAAGCAUAGAAUUGUAAAGUCUUCAGCUCUCUGCCAGGUCAGAUAUCUAUCAGGUUGGGAGAAUUGAUUUGCGUAAGCACUUCGGACAGUGCCUCACAUAUAUUAGGCACUAUGUGGAUAUUUCCUGUAUGUGGAGGAAAGGAAUGCCUCCAUGAGUUUUAAGAUAAAUUAACUUUGUCAAAUGAGUGAAUGGCUUUGGGACUUAAAUACAGCUCAGAGUCUAAUGGCAGAGAGCACAGCCUUUGGAACCAGACUGCCCAGGCUAAACGUUGGCUUUGCCACGUAUGAACUGUGUGUCCUGAUGCAGGUUUCUUGACAUCUCUGUGCAUUAGCACUUUUAUCUCUACAAUUAGAAUAAAAUAAUACCUACCUCACAUGGUUGUUAUGAGGAUUAAAUGCAUUAGUAAAAGUAAAGCACUUGGAACAGUGUCUGCACACAGUAGUCUCUCAAUAUGAACUAGCUACUGUCAAUUAUUAUUAAUGUGCUUUGGACUCAAUAAAACAGCAUAUUUUUUAAAAGCAGUCCCUUCUUUAAAAUCAUGUAAUUGAUUUAAGAAUGCUUAAAUAACACUGUAAAAAAAAACCCUAAGUGAUCUACCGGAUUUUCAAAAUCAUGUUUUGAUAUCUCAAUAUGUUUAGGACUAUGUCUGGUUAUAGACAUAGUUGUAGGGUAUGUGGUCAUCAGUCACCGGGGUUGUGACUACAGAGAUGCAGCAGUAUUCAUCUUCAGGGUUCACAUGUACGACCAAAGUGCUUGAUUUCUUGUUCUGAUAUAUCAGAGAAAAAUCUAGCCUUUCUAUUUCUUUAAUGACAAAGUUUUGUUAAUUUACAUGUAUGUAUGUUUAUCUGUAAUAUAUGUAAACAAGAUAAAUAUAACUUAAAAACUUUCCUAGUUAUCAUUUACAUCUUAAUAUUGAG